AUUACAGAGUUGAUGUGAUGAGAAUGUAAACAUAUGGUGCAUGAGUGUAAUUGAUGAAUAGUGAAUAUAUGAAGUGUUUUGAUUAUUAUUACCGAUUUAAACUUUAAUUUAAUUCAUUUUUUAUCCAAAUUCAUUGUAAAUUUAUUAAUUAACUUGAACAGUUCAUUUAAUCUGUUUGUAUUUUUCCUCAAAAUGAGUUUACUUUCUGUUUCUUCACCUAAAUUGGUAUCGGUUACAUCUCAGAUAACAGUCAGUCGUAGUUUGGCAUCUUUUUGGCCUAUCAAAAACCCAUUCAGAAAGUCUCAGCCGGAAGAAGACUUGGCACUGCAACCGAUAGAAGUUGAAGCUAAAUCACCAUGGCAAGACUUAAGUGAGGAACAAAUAUCUAAGAUUUGUGAUCGUUCGGGUUUAGAUGAUGAAUUAAAGGCGUUAGAAAGGAGACAACUUUCAGCGCCUGUUAAGUUUGAUCAGUUGAGAGAAUAUAAACGGGAACAUGUCAGGAGUUUCUAUGCACAAUAUGGUAAAGAUAGUGGACUCAAGCCGGGUGUUUGUUGGCCCAACAGGGAAGAAUUGGACUUUCGUGACAAGUUCGAGAAAACUUUCUACCCUUCAUUGGAAAAACUUUUGAAGGAUAAUGAAUUGGAGAAACAAAGAAUCGCUAACUUAAAGAAAGAAACUGAAGAUUCAAUAACUGCUGGUCUUGCAAAAAGAGAGGAACAAAUUGCUGCUUUCCACGAAAAGAGAGCAAUUAAACAGGCAGAGGAAGAAGAAGCCAAGAAACGUAGUGAAAAGUUAGUUGCAGAAGUUAGAGAAUACCUCGGAUUUAAUAUCGAAAGAUCAGAUCCAAGGUUCCAAGAAGCAUUAGCUAAAAAAGAAGAAGAAGAACGUUUGAAAUCUAAGGCCAAAGUUAAGAAAGAUAAAAAUGCCAAAAUUGCUGAUAUGUUACGAAAAAUGUUGGAUAUACCUACGGAAGAGUUAACGGCCAAGUCUACAGAAAAAUCCGAUAAAACUGACCAAUCUGCUGAGACUGUAAAGGAUAAAAAAGAGUGAACUGGCAUUGGUGUAUUGGUCAUUAGACUUCAUCGACUGUUAACAUCAUUUGUAAUUUCAUGGCUAACAAGUACAAAUUUUGUGAAUUAUCUCUUGCUAGUUUGGCAUAAAUUACAGUUGAUGUCACGUGAAAAAGUCAUUGCUGUUCUUCAUUGCCAGAUUUGUUAAUUAGUUACACAUCAUGCCUAUAGUCAUUGUAAUAAUUUAAUAUUCAAAACAAAGUUUUUGAUAGUGCAAAUAAAUAAUAUUUGAGAACGCGGCACUUUUCUCUUUGAAAAAGUUCUCAUCUCAAUCCAAUAAAUUAUCAUUCAUAUUAAA